AUGGUCAGACCGAUGUGGAGUAGCAGUGAUGCGGCCCCCUCGUCGCAGUUGCCGUGGCUAAUGUUCAUCAACAGGAGGUACGAAAAGUUGAUUUUGGUUAUAGAGGGACGGAGAUCGCUAGGAACCGAUGGCCGUGGCCUCUCCCGUGUAGAUCCUCGGAGUAGACACGGUUCCUGGAGAGAUAUUUUGAUGUCGACAUCACAUGAGAAAAAUAAGGAUGCGCGUGAAUGCCGUAAAUUCGGUUGUAGUCUCGUCUUCUUGCUCCCUUCAUCCAUUAACAUAAUGCGGCGACUGGAUACUUGCAGGCGUUUUGGAAGAGCAACAUGGAUGCGAGGCACUAUAUGAAUCUGUCUCUGUUGACGAGAGCGUUAAGGCUUUCCCUAUUAAUCCAUCCCUGUCUAGAAAGAGAUCCCUCAACAGUAUCCUUCCCAAUGCAAGAGAGACAUUGAGGCAUAUCCUUGCGGGAUUCCUAUAGGGAUGAAUUGGGGGAAGCUGUAAGUAAGUGCGUUGGAACGCCAUACCGUAGCUUGGAACGGACAGUUUCGGAAUACUGAUCAGGACAACUCACCAAGUCCAAGACCAAUACUGAGGCUGCCACUUAUUUUCUUGCAAAUAAUAAAAUAAGUUCUUUUCGCAUUUGAUGAUGGUCAUGAAGGUUCUCGGGAUUUGGUCUUGAUAGAGAGAGGAGGGAAGGAUGAAAGAAAAAGGAAAACUGAUACUCGCUUCGCGAAGAAGGUUCUGCCUUGCAGUAACGCCAGUGCCACAGAACCCGAAGUCGGCAACUCACU